CGUGUUUUGGAGGCAGGCAGAAGCCAUGGACGUAGACGCAGAAAGAGAGAAAAUAACACAGGAGAUCGAGGAGCUGGAAAGGAUUUUGGAUCCCAGCUCCUCAAGUCUCAACAUGGAGGUCUCCGAAUCAAGCCUGGACUCAGAUUCAGGCGCAGAUUCGCUGCCCGAUGAGGACUCGGACGCUGCUGGUCCACCAGUCUCGGAAGAAGAAAGGUGGGGCGAAGCCAGCAACGACGAGGAUGACCCCAAAGAGAAGGUGCUCCCCGAAGACCCAGAGACCUGCCUGCAGCUGAACAUGGUCUACCAGGAGGUCAUCCAAGAGAAGCUGGCAGAGGUCAGCCUGCUGCUGGCCCAGAACCGGGAGCAGCAGGAGGAAGUCAUGUGGGACCUGGCAGGAUCCAAAGGCCCCAAGGUGAAGGACGGCAAGAGCCUGCCCCUGAACCUGUACAUCGGGCACUUCCUGAAGCCCUACUUCAAGGACAGGGUCACUGGAGUGGGGCCUCCUGCCAACGAGGACGCACGGGAGAAGGCUGCCCAGGGCGUCAAGAGCUUCGCGGAGCUCCUGGUGACCAAAUGGAAGAGCUGGGAGAAGGCCUUGCUCAGGAAGUCGGUGGCGAGCGACCGCCUGCAGCGCCUGCUUCAGCCCAAGUUCCUGAAGCUCGAGUACCUGCACCAGAAACAAGGCCGGGUGACGAGCGAGGCGGAGAGGCAGGUCCUGGAGAAGCAGACGCGGGAGGCAGAGAAGGAGAUCCAGGACAUCAACCAGCUCCCGGAGGAGGUCUUGCUGGGAAGCAGGCUGGACAGCCACGACUGGGAGAAGAUCUCCAACAUUAACUUCGAGGGCGGCCGCAGCGCCGAGGAGAUCCGGAAGUUCUGGCAGAACUGGGAGCACCCCAGCAUCAACAAGCAGGAGUGGACCGGGCAGGAGGUGGACCGGCUGAAGGCCAUCGCGGCCAAGCACGGCCACCUGCACUGGCAGAGGAUCGCCGAGGAGCUGGGGACCAGCCGCAGCGCCUUCCAGUGCCUGCAGAAGUACCAGCAGCACAGCAAGGCCCUGAAGCGCAGGGAGUGGACGGAGGAGGAGGACCGCAUGCUGACCCAGCUGGUGCAGGAGAUGCGCGUGGGCAGCCACAUCCCCUACCGCAGAAUCGUCUACUACAUGGAAGGGAGAGACUCCAUGCAGCUCACCUACCGCUGGACCAAGAGCCUGGACCCCAGCCUCAAGAAGGGCCUCUGGACCCCAGAGGAAGACGCGAAGCUGCUUCAGGCGGUUGCCAAGUACGGGGAGCAGGACUGGUUUAAAAUCCGGGAAGAGGUGCCGGGGAGGAGCGACGCCCAGUGUCGGGACCGAUAUCUCCGAAAGUUACAUUUCAGCUUGAAAAAGGGACGGUGGAAUUCUAAAGAGGAGGAGAAGUUGAUCGAGUUAAUAGAGAAAUACGGUGUCGGUCACUGGGCCAAAAUAGCCUCUGAACUCCCCCACCGGACAGGCUCCCAGUGUCUGAGCAAGUGGAAAGUCAUGGUCAGGAAGAGGCAGGGUCAGGGCAGAAGGAGGCGGCGGCGCCUUCGCAGUGUGCGGUGGAGCUCCAGCAGUGGGGACAGCAGCAGUGGGGACAGCAGCAGCGAGGACAGCGGGGGCAGCGGGGACAGCAAGGACAGCGGGGACUCGGAGCCAGAAGCCACAGACGCCCAGGAGGACGGCCAGGCGCUGCCGUCAGCACCGCACGUUGUGCCGGACAUGGACCUGUGGGUUCCCGCCAGGCAGAACGCCUGUGGGCCAAGGGUCACAGGAUCAGGGGGCCGCCCGGGACGCUUGGCUGCCUCGCCCAGCCCUCUCGAGACAUCUGAUGUGGCCCGAGGUAGGGGCAGGGAAGCGGAGCAGGCGGGCCAGGCACAGGCCCCCUCCGGGACCCACAGCACCAAUGGCCUGAGAGACGUCGGGCCCCCACUCUGUGCAGACACUGACCCCGCAAGCCCAGAGGGGCCGGCAGACGAGGGCGGGAGGCGUCUGCUAAAGGUGCCUCUGCAGACCAUGCUGCAGGUGCUCAGGACCAGCACGGCCACGCGGUGCCGGACACUCGCGCGGGAACGGAAGCAGCCGUGCCGGCUGGGCCCGCCCUGGGGCACCGGCCCUGGUGGAAGCGGCGCAGCCAGGCCCCGAGCGCGGCCCCGCGGACACGCCCUGCAGCGGAGGCUCCUGGAGCGCCGGCUGCUGGCGGCCGUGAGCCCGUGGGUGGGCGACAUCACCCUGCCCUGUGCUGCCCGGAGGCCCACGGUGCCCACGCAAGCCGACAGCAUCCGGGCACAGCUGCAGGACGCCCACCUGGCCAGCACCCCAGUGUUCACGCUCUUCAUCCAGCUAUUCCAGAUCGACACUGCCGGCUGCAUGGAGGUCAUCCAAGAGAGGAGAGCCCGGCUGCCCGCCCGGGCCCAGGCCGGCGCCCAGGUCCCCUCAAGUGCCCAGAACCCCCCAGGCUCCCUCUCGCGCAGCGGGCCAGCCCAAGAAACUGCCAAGAAGAGCGCUGGCCACCGGGGGAGCGAUGGGCCGCAGGCCCGCCAGGCCGAGUCCGCGUCUCAGGCGCCCCCGCCCACUCCGUGCGGUCCCCGGCCCAAGCCCAAGACUGUGUCCGAGCUGCUUCGGGAGAAGCGGCUGCGGGAGGCCCGGGCCGCCAAGGCUGCCCGGGGCCCCGUGGUUCUCCCGCCCCAGCUGCUGGUCUCCUCGCCUGUGGUCCUCCAGGCUCCUCUGCCGCUGGCCUCCCAGGGCCCCCCAGCCCCAGUGCCGGCCGUCUCCAGCUCCACGCCCUCUGAGCCUGGGGCCCUUGCAGCGGCCGGUCCAAGUCCCUCGGGCUCCCGGGCCUCACCCACAGACAAGGAGCCCCCGGCCCUGCAGCCCUUGGCCUCUGGCCCCGUCUCCCUAGUGGCUGCGAAGGUCCCAGCCACCUGCAGGGCCCCUGACCUGGGCCCCAGCCUGGUCCCCAUGAGCGGCCUCGGACAGUCUCAGGCCCCUGCCGCGUCCCGGAAGCAGGGCCUGCCCGAGGCACUGCCCUUUCUCCCUGCAGCCCCCAGCCCCAUCCAGCAGCCUGUCCAGCCCCUCAGCCUGAUGCCAGCUCUGGGCCCCCACAGCGGUGGGCCCCAGAUGGCGGCCAGCACCCCUCUGCCUGUCACCUGGGUGCUCACAGCCCAGGGGCUGUUCCCCGUGCCGGUGCCAGCCGUGGUGGGCCUUCCCAGGCCAGCGGGGGCCUCUGACCCCGAAGGGCUGUCAGUGGCUGCAUCGUCCUCCUUGACCGAGACUCAGGCAGGCCAGGGCCCUGCCAGCACGGACAGGGAAUCAGCUCCUGCCUCCAGGACAGACCUCACAACCCUCCCCACACCCCCACCGCCCAGAAUCUCUGCUGAAGGGGGCCGUGACGUGGCCCGUGCUCCCGGGGGACACUCUUCCUCUGGAGAGGCCCGAGUGGCUGGGGAGACAGCCUCGCUGGCUGCAGGCCCGGAUGACGCCCCUGUGGCAGAGCCGCCCUGCGCCGGCCAGCUGCCUCCGCACUGCAGUGCUGGCCCGGGGGGGACGCUGGUGUUCCCGUCGGAGCCCAGGGAGACCAGGGCGUCUCUGGGCUUGGCAACACCCCCCACAGCCCAGCCUGGGCCUGAGAAGGGGGGCCCGGACGUAGGCCUCCUCUCCCAGGAGAGUGAGACGGCUGUGCGGGAAUGGCUGGGGGCACAGUGCGGGGUGUGCGUGCCUCCCCUGGGCAGCAGGCUGCCCUACCAGCCCCCAGCCCUGGGCAGCCUGCGGGCGCUGGCAGGCCUCCUGUUGCACAAGGAGACCCUGGAACGCAGUGCCGCCUCCUUGGGGUCUGGCGGAGUGGCCGGGGCCCUGCAGGCCUCCCUGGGGCGUGUGCGGAGGCAGCUGCGGGACAGCCCAGCCUACCUGCUGCUCAAGGCCCGCUUCCUGGCCGCCUUCACCCUCCCUGCACUCCUGGCUACCUUGCCCCCGCCCGGCGUCCCCACCACGUUGUCGGCAGCCUCAGGGGCCGAUGCAGAGAGCGAGGACGAGGACCUGGAGGAGCUGGAGCUCUUCGGUGGCGACAGCCCCAAGGCAGGACCAGCGACCACGACCCCUGUCCAGGGAGCCCCAGACCCUGAUGAGGGCUCUGCCCCCUCCUGCCCAGAUGACUCUGAUGACCUUGACGUGCUUAGGACGAGGCACAGCCGGCACGCCCGGAAACGGAGGAGGCUGCUGUGAGCAGCAGGACUGCCCGGAGCUGCUGCGGCCGCCGCAGGUGCCUGGACCCUACUGGACGGGCAGGCCCGCCACCCACCCUGCAAGAGACGGCUGCUGGGGCCAGGAGGCUCUGCCAGGAGUGACCACACUGUCUGGGCUCAGCUGCUUGUCCCCCAAGUGCAAACUG